AUGCCGUUGCGGGCACAAAGGGCUUCGCCUGCGACAGUAGCUGUUCAUCCAAAUGGAUUUCAAGUUCCUACUGUCAAUGUCGGAUCAAUCCAAAACGAGGGAAAAUUGGAGCAAUUCAAGAAAUUGUUGGAAACGGAAGCGAUCAGUAUGAAUUCGACAUCCCCUUAUACACGACCGUUUGGGCGCUUCAGGAUGGAAUGGAUCGACGAUGCUGGCCAGAAUCAUGGCCUCCGAUGGAGCGAUCCUACCCUGACCGGGCAAUGGAAACCAUUAUGA